AUGGCAGUCUCAAGAACGCUAGCUCUCAAGCUCAUGGAGACACAAUGCGCCAUCUUCAACACGACCUUCAACCCUCAGGGCUUCCGCACUGGUAACAGUGUCCUACGCCAACGUCUUCGCGGUCCUGCAAUGGCUGCAUACUACCCUCGUCGCGUCGCUACCUUCACCGAUCUGCAAAAGGCAUACCCUGGAUUCGAGACCUUUGACGACUACGAGGAAGACAGAGUCGAGAACGUCCAGAUCUCAAAGUCCAGAGGCAAGGGUGCACCCAAGAAGAAGAGGACAGCUGCCGAAUCAAAGAAGUUCGGCAAGAAGAAGAGGUAA